UUUCAACACUACUAUAUAACAAAUAAUUUGAGCAAGGCGUGAUGCAGCCUACCAAGCUCUUCUCAAAGGGAGUCGUUACCGGAUACAGGAGGGGACAGAGAAACCAAGACCCUUCAAUCUCUCUCGUUAAAAUCGAAGGUGUAAGCUCUAAAGCUGAGACCGAAUUUUAUCAUGGCAAGCGAGUAGCAUACAUCUACAGAGCUCAGAAGACGAGGAAAAAUAAGAUCACCAAGAGGGAAACCAAACUGAGGGUAAUCUGGGGAAAGGUGAGACGGGCUCAUGGUUCCAGCGGCCUCGUCAGAGCUUCAUUCAGAACGAACUUGCCACCCAAAGCCAUCGGCGCCACAGUUCGAGUUAUGUUGUACCCAUCAAGAGUUUAAUUUAAAUAUUAUUUUUUA